UGUUCCAGCCAAUAGGAACUUAGGGGGCACUAAGUCCCCUGCCCCCUCAGAGUCUUUGGGGCGCAGUUCUGACCCACAGUCACACUAAGCCCAGAGCAACUGAAUUUACUAGCUUGGGGCAUUGGGGGUGAGACACAGGAAUGCAGAGCUCAUAUGGAGCCGGUGGGGGGGAGAAGGGCGCCCCCGAGGGGUCCCGGGGGUAUUACCGCACAGCCCCCUUUGACCCCCGCUUCCCCAACACAAACCAGACCCGCAACUGCUACCAGAACUACCUGGACUAUUACCGCUGCCUGAAGACACUGGGGGCGAAGGGAAAGGACACCAGGCCGUGCCAGUGGUACUACCAGGUCUACAAGUCCCUAUGCCCCAUCUCCUGGGUGAAGCGCUGGGACGAGCAGCGGGAGGACGGCUCCUUCGCUGGCAGGAUCUAGGCCCAGCUGCACCUGGGGGUGCUGGGGGGGGGCAAACCCACAGGCCCCGCCCUGUGGCGAGGCCCUGCCCCCUCCGGCACAUCCUCGCUGGCUCCUCACAGACCCACAAUAA